AUGCCCCAAGGCCAUGGGACAACAAUGCGCUGCCCCUUCAGAACCAGCAUAAAAGCUGGCCCAGAGCCUCUCUCCCUCACACCCUUCUCCUCAAGCCUUCUCUUCCUGCUGACAACCAGUCCAGGCACCCUCCACACCACACCUAUGGCCUGCUACAACCGCUGCAGUCCCUGCGGACCCACCCCGCUGGCCAACAGCUGCAACGAGCCCUGUGCCCUGCAAUGCCAGGAUUCCCACGUCAUCAUCGACCCUUCCCCUGUGUUGGUCACCCUGCCAGGACCCAUCAUGAGCUCCUUCCCUCAGAACACCGCCGUCGGAUCCACCUCCUCUGCUGCUCUGGGCACUGAGCUCAAUGCCCAGGGACAGCCCAUCUCUGGUGGAUUUGGCUUUGGUGGCUUUGGCUACGGCCUGGGAGGCCUGGGCUGCUAUGGCAGAAGGGGCGGCUACAUCUGCUAA